AUGACCAGCGAGCUCUCAGAUGCCCUCAAUCCCUAUGCUGUACAGAGCAGAGCGCGGAGCACCAAUGUCGUCAAUCACUACGCAAGUCCUGUUCAGCCUGUCGUCCAGCAACCCCGGCCGUACGUUCCCCAUCGCAGUGAACUCGAACUCGCCAUCACCGAGCCUCCUUCACCGCGUCCUCCGCCUCAAUCACGACCUCAGCCUCGUCCAGGACCGGAGGGCGCCAACGUAAAUGCUGUUCGGGAAUUGUUUCGCGUCAUUGCGGCAACGAAGGAAGCGAGUGAGCUAGAACGGAAGCGCAGACUCGCAUGGGAACAGGAACAGGAGGCAAAGCACGUCCAACGUGAAUCUGAGCUGGAGAGACAGAUCGUGGAUCUGCGCCAGGAGAUGGCAUCCUUGAGAGCCCAAGUCGCUCUGCUACCUUCGAUGCUGCUUAAUAGCGUGCUAGGUGCGGCGGCUCAGUCUCAGAUUGGGGGCGCAUCUGUCACUACAGAGUUUUCUCCUCCACACCCCAUAUCCCCGCACUCUCAGCCCUCCUACUCGCCGAACCCCGCACCUCAGGCGCCCCGCCUAGCUCACCCCGUGCACCCUAUGUCUCCCAUCUCACAGCCUCCUUCGCGUCCUCAUCCGUUGUUUGUCGAGGGCUCCUCUUCACGGCCCUUCCUAGUUGAAGAACAUUCAGACAUUGGUCACGAUGGACGCGAUACCUUCGCAGAGUCAUCUCCGUCCGUCGUCUCUUCCCCUCAGUUCCGACAGACAGUACCUCCAUCUCGAGAGACCGUAACGACUUCCACAGUACCUCAACGCAGAAGAAGGACAGAUGUCAGCCGCGAGACUGACGGAGACGACGAAGGAAGUGCCGUAGAAACCAGUGAUGGAAAUCCUGAACGCCCCUUGAAACGUCGGAAUCACCGGGAUACCAGGAUCCUGACAAUUCAACACGCGAUGCGGCAUCAGAUGCUCAAAUCCAUGGGCCUGGAGAACGAUAAGCAACUGCCUGACAAUCAUAUAGAAGGUGCACCGCUGGGUCCCAGCGAACCGGUGAGGUUCGUCUGGUUGAAGACUAUCAAACAGUCUGAGCAUAAUGCCAAUAUGCGAAAACGUGUGCUGGAGGAGCUCAAGGCAAAUCGGAAGUUAUACAAACACGUUCCGGAGCAAGACUUCAACGACGCGACGCUAGAGGCCGUGUUUGACCAAGCCUUCACCACCUUUCGGCAUAAGUUCAAGACGCAGAAGGAUGCGUUCAUCGCUGAGCAGCAAAGAGCUAAAGAGACUCAGAAAGCCAUGAAGGCUAGAAGGCUUUUGCGGAAGAAAACUAAGCUGGCAAACCGGUCUGAGAUGCGUAGCAAAAUCAGCGUCUUUGCUCACGAGACGUUCGACGGUGCCUUGCAGGUUGAAUGUAUGUCAUCUGAGGAUUCUAUGGACGAGGAUAUCCGCUUCGGAGUCCCUCGCGUGCAAGACAAGGGCCAGGUUUUACGCAUACGUGGGCUCCUCUGGCGUAGUUCGCGUCUGCAGAGGUUCUUCGGCGUCCUAGACGAAGAGGAUAAACUGGACAAGACGAUGAAGCCUAAACGAGGACUCGGUCGUAAAGAGCGGUGUUUUGGCCCUCCGAGGGAUGGCAUGCCUCCGAAGGGCGUGGCAAGCUGGAUGAUCAGUAGGAGAUGGCUGCGCAACAUGGAGCUAACCCAACCCGACUUUUCUCAGGCCCUCAAGGACGUCAUCGUCGACGUUCCUGGGUUCAAUUGGGAACACUUCCACGACCUUGGCGACGAGAGUGAUGAUGAAUACGAACUCCAGGGCUUCGGACUAGAACAAACGCAGCCCCAGUAUCCGGUGCCGUAUCAAGACACUAGUUAUUCUCUGCAGUAUGCAUUGGCUCCUGUAUCAUAAACGCAAUUUCCCCUCGCAAGUCGCUGUGGCCCAGAUCUCGCAAUGCUUUGAAUCUCGCAUGUAAAUUAUUCGCUAUGUUGCUGGUCUCUGUAGUGCC